AAAGCUGUCAAAGGGCCAGUGUGGGGUGUCUGGUCAAUCUAAGGUCUGGGCAGGAAAUCAAACUACAAUCCCAAUCCAGCCUGCAGCUAUGGCCAUCCUCUUUGCGGUUGUAGCCAGAGGCUCCACGAUUCUGGCCAAACAUGCCUGGUGUGGAGGGAACUUCCUAGAAGUGACAGAACAGAUCUUGGCCAAGACCUCCUCAGAGAACAACAAACUCACCUACUCACAUGGAAAUUACCUGUUCCACUAUAUCUGCGAAGACCGGAUUAUAUACCUCUGCAUCACUGAUGAUAACUUUGAGCGUUCCAGAGCUUUCACAUUCCUGAAUGAAGUCAAGAAGCGGUUUCAGAACACCUAUGGUUCUCGCGCACAGACGGCUCUGCCAUAUGCCAUGAACAGCGAGUUCUCCACUGUCCUGGCUGCACAGCUGAAAUACCACUCUGAGAACAAGGGCGCUGAACAGGUGGCUGAGACGCAGGCCCAGGUGGACGAACUCAAAGGGAUCAUGGUCCGCAAUAUAGAUCUGGUGGCCCAAAGAGGAGAAAAGUUGGAAUUGCUGAUAGACAAGACUGAAAAUCUUGUGGAUUCGUCUGUCACCUUCAAAACAACCAGCAGGAACCUGGCUCGAGCCAUGUGUAUGAAGAACCUCAAGCUCACCAUCAUUAUUGCCAUAGUAACAAUUGUCAUAAUCUACAUCAUUGUGUCGGCUGCCUGUGGAGGGCUUGCGUGGCCGAAUUGUGUAUAGAAGUAGCUGUCAGAACCAGUCGGCCAUGUAUAAGAAGAGCACACGCGAGCAAGAACUUAUGUGAAGGAACGACCCUCGUGAAACAAACUCGGACCUCCUAGUUCUUCAUCCUUCCAGGACACUCAAGUCUUUUUUGCCUUAUCACCUCCAAGAGAGUCUGCAGCCCCAAGUCACGGCCUUCAGGGGGUGGCACCUCUUUCUAUUAAAACCUACUUGAAGGGAGCUUCAUUUGUCUUGACUGCAGAGCUGACCCAGGUGGAAGGAAGGCUGUUGAUGUUGUGAGGGUCUAUGCAUAUUUCUGUGUGAUCAUGCUUUGCACUUUACUGUCCUGAGGCCCUGGUUGAGGGGAAUGGGAAGAGCGGAAGGUGACUUCUCCAUAAUUUGGUCACUGGGAGGGAAAGGAAACCACUGGACCCAAAU